AUGGGGCUGCGGGGCCGGGGCCGCCUCCUGCUGCUGCUGCUGCUGCUGGGGCUGGGGCUGCUGCCCGGCGCGGCGCGCGGCUUCGGGGAGGACGAGGAGCGGCGCUGCGAUGCCAUCCGCAUCGCCAUGUGCCAGAACCUGGGCUACAACGUCACCAAGAUGCCCAACCUGGUGGGGCACGAGCUGCAGGCGGACGCGGAGCUGCAGCUCACCACCUUCACCCCGCUCAUCCAGUACGGCUGCUCCAGCCAGCUCCAGUUCUUCCUUUGUUCAGUCUAUGUUCCAAUGUGCACAGAGAAGAUUAACAUCCCAAUAGGUCCCUGCGGUGGCAUGUGCCUUUCCGUCAAAAGAAGAUGUGAACCUGUUCUGAAAGAAUUUGGAUUUGCCUGGCCAGACAGUCUAAACUGCAGUAAAUUUCCACCCCAGAAUGACCACAACCACAUGUGUAUGGAGGGUCCAGGGGAUGAAGAGGUUCCCCUUCACAGCAAGACAUCCUUGCAGCCAGGAGAAGAGUGUCACACAAUGGGAUCUAAUUCAGAGCAGUAUAUCUGGGUAAAAAGAAGCCUGAGCUGUGUCCUUAAGUGUGGCUAUGAUGCUGGUCUCUAUAGCAGAUCAGCUAAGGAAUUCACUGAUAUCUGGAUGGCCGUGUGGGCUAGUCUGUGCUUCAUAUCAACAGCCUUCACAGUCCUGACCUUCCUGAUUGAUUCAUCCAGAUUUUCCUACCCAGAGCGCCCCAUCAUAUUUCUGAGCAUGUGCUACAAUAUUUAUAGCAUUGCUUAUAUUGUGAGGCUGACUGUAGGCCGGGAAAGGAUAUCCUGUGAUUUUGAAGAGGCAGCAGAACCUGUUCUUAUCCAAGAAGGUCUUAAGAACACAGGAUGUGCUAUAAUUUUCUUACUGAUGUAUUUUUUUGGGAUGGCUAGCUCCAUCUGGUGGGUGAUUCUGACAUUAACAUGGUUUCUAGCAGCAGGACUCAAAUGGGGCCAUGAGGCUAUAGAAAUGCACAGCUCCUAUUUCCAUAUUGCAGCUUGGGCUAUCCCUGCAGUGAAGACCAUAGUCAUCUUGAUUAUGAGACUAGUAGAUGCAGAUGAGCUCACUGGUCUGUGUUAUGUCGGCAACCAGAACCUAGAUGCACUCACUGGCUUUGUCGUUGCUCCGCUUUUCACCUACUUGGUUAUUGGAACUUUAUUCAUAGCAGCAGGCUUAGUGGCCUUAUUUAAAAUCAGGUCUAAUCUUCAAAAAGAUGGAACUAAAACUGACAAGCUGGAAAGACUGAUGGUCAAAAUUGGUGUCUUUUCAGUGCUAUACACUGUCCCAGCUACAUGUGUAAUUGCAUGUUACUUCUAUGAAAUCUCCAACUGGGCUAUCUUCCGCUAUUCAGCGGAUGAUUCCAAUAUGGCAGUGGAGAUGCUCAAAAUUUUCAUGUGUUUGCUGGUGGGUAUUACAUCUGGCAUGUGGAUUUGGUCGGCCAAGACUCUGCACACGUGGCAGAAGUGCUCUAACAGACUGGUGAACUCAGGGAAAGUGAAACGAGAGAAGAGAGCGGAUGGUUGGGUGAAACCUGGGAAAGGGAAUGAGACUGUGGUGUAAACAAAACCUCUGUGCUGACUUCUCUCCCAAGAAGGACUUGUGUAUAAACACUUGCAGUCGAAAUGUUGCUGGGAAGGUGUGGGGAGGUAAAGUACAAAAUCUGUCUCUGAAAAGAAGCCUUAAAGAAUAAGCAAUAAUUUCAAAAACAGAAUAACCAUAAACCGCCCUGCCUAAAAUACAAAAGCCCAGGGAGGCUUGGAACACUGUGAAAAAUCUGAACAUUUUGUCACAUUUUUGUAAAGCAGGUUGCAAUGUAUGAAUGUCAUUAGAAGCCACAGGGUCUUGCAUCUUGUUACUUGCAUUGCCGAUUUUCCUGAAUCAUGUUAUAGUGCAUAGAGGAUGAGGGUCAAGUUCUGGGCUGAUUUAGGGUCCAAUCCUGUGAGGGGCGGGUGCUCUCAGCUUCAGUUGACAGCAUCACUCCCUCUGAACUCAGUGUCUUAAGGCAGGGGUCCCCAAUGUGGUGCCCUUGGGUGCCACGGCGUCUAAGUGCGCCUGCAUACUGGCCGGCAGACAAGCAUCGCCAAAAUGCCGCUGACAAGCUGCGUCAUCCAGAGGCGUCGCUGCCAAAAUGCCACCGAUUUUU